CUCCAGGCACACGGAACCAGCAGAACUCUUCGUCGGCCGUCGUGCCCGCCGUCAGUUUAUGUUAAACCCGUCGCGAUUCGUUCUCGUUUAUACGUUCACAACGCGUAUUCGUGUAAAAUAAUAUUUUGUUUUUAUGACAAACUCGAAGUAUCGCGUUUAACACUAUUAUAGGCAAUUCAUUUUUGCCUAAUAUAACCACAUACCAAACUAACAUAUUUUUGAUAAUUUAUUAUUGUCGUUGAUUUCCACGCGGGCCACAUAUUGCAGUAUAAUCAGUAUUCCCUAAUACAGGCCUAUAAUUCCAUUAACAAAAUCACUGCUGAAUUUUUAUCAUGUGAGUACAUUAUUAUUAUUAUCUAUGUUAAAAGAAUAACAUCUAAUACAUUUUUUACACUAUGGGCAGUGAUGUAUUAAAGUCUCUUGAAUUUAGUGAAUACCUAUUAUAGUUUCUGUAAUAUAUUAUUAUAUAUUGCCAUGUUAUUUAUUACGAAUUUAAAUUGUAUGAGAACUGAAUUAUCGAAUUUAAAAUUGAUAUAUAAUAUUACAUUAUCAACUAUGACGAUGAUUAAGACGUAGGUACCUAAUAUCUGAAUCACUAUUGUAUCAGACUUAGUCAGAUAAUCUGAUUACAAUAUAUUAAUAAGAAAUGAUUUUGUUUAAGUAAUUAAGUUUAAUAGUCAAUAUAGAUUUAUUUGGAUAAAUAGUCCACGGUUGAAAUAAUUUUUAUCUACUCGCGAUUCUGGGUAGUUAUAGCAGACGGCAAACAUCAGGCUAUAGUUUUAUACUUUUAUUCAAUUUUAAUCAAAAUUAUUUGUACUUACAUCGGGUUACACGAAAUCGAUUUAAUACUAGAUUUUUUUAUAUAAUACUUAUAAUAUAUAUAUAGGUAUAUACAAUUGCAAUAUACAUAAAUACAUGGUAAGUAUAAAAAUAAUUAUCUAACGAUACAAGCCACAGUUUUAACUGAUAAAGCAUUUAAUUAAAAUGCUUUAAUUUAAUAUUAUUAUUUAUUCCAUUUUAUAAUGCGACAUCAUCGACGAUCAAACAAAAAUCUUUUUGUAAUUUCAAUUUUUCAACUACAAGGAUAAUAAAGUAUUGGGAGACGGUAUAGUUCGCUUUUUUGUUUUGCAGGCUUGCAGCUACCGAUACAAAUGCGUUUUUUGAGGUGGUUUUGUUUUGGUACGUAAAGGACAACGGUUCACCAUAAUUUAUUAACUUUCUUGGUUAGUGCAGAGUACUUUACAUUGUAUGGCGAUCCGUUGAUCCGUCGUAGUAUUUAUAAACAACAGCCAACGGGUAGGUACAAUAGACACUAAUAUUAUUGUGUUUUUAUGAUAACUCUCCCACCACGCCCGUUAAUUGAUUAUUGGUGGUUUGUUUCCGCAAACGGUUUUUUUUUUUUUUUGGUAUUCAACACGGCUCGAUCGCCCAUCGAAAUAAUGCGCAACAACGUUUUUCUCUGCAACCCGCCCGUGUAACAGAAUUUUUAUUUACAUAGUAUUAUUUUAUCCACACUGCGGGAUAAUGAACCUUGUCGAUCGAGUCCAUGUAUAAUAUUGUUACAAGGUCCGUCGGCCGCGUACCACAAACCCAGUUAUCCGCCACUAUUUGUUAUAUCGAUAACAUUCGUCCGAUGAUAGUCCGACUCGGGUUUUAUAUUACCUAUAUAUCGUUUCGUUUUGAGUUUCGCAUCGUGUAUUUAUAUAGGCUAAAGAUAGGUAUAUACAGAUUUCUCUAAACUAUUGAUGACAGUAUCUGUGACUUUUUCAUUGAUGCAAUUGAUUUUCAUUGAUAUAACUGCAGACGGCGGCGUUUCUCGGAUCGCGUAUAUUGUAUACUUGCAGGAUGAUUAUUCUAAUAGGCUUAAGCAAUUGUUUACGAAUAUUUCGAGUAAACAGUGGUGUCUUGAACUUUAAAUAGAUAAACCACACGGGUGGGCAAUAAAACUUCACCCGCCUAUUUCAAAAUGUGAUAAGCCUUGUAAAAUUAUAUAGUAUAAAAAUUCGAUGCGAAUCAUACUUCGCACGAUUGAUCAUUGUUAAUUUUGGUUCGUUUGCCCAAUUUCCCAUUUUGAAAGUGUAUAUUGGAUACAUAGUUAAACAAAAUCGAGAUACUAUUGUAUCGGUCGGUACCUAUUGAUUAUUACCUCAAGAAAAUAAUAUUAAUAUUUUAUUUAUCCUUAAGUUUGAUGGCAUUGCUCUAACUGGUCAUAUAGCUUGAUUUAAUUAGUUGAUAUUUAUAUCGUUAUAUCACAAUUAAAUUAAAUCGGGCUUUCAUCUAGUCAUGAUAUGGGUCUACUGAGACUUGAUAAUUUUAUCUUAAGACAAUGAGUGUUCACUGCAGCUGAUACAAACAUCAGGGACGACUUCAGGAAUUUUAAAUGUGAGGGACAAGGAUUUAAGUGAGGAGAUGUAGUCCUCUUACUUCUGGCUACAAUUAAAAGGCGUCUUCUUUAAUAUAAUUUUGAAAAGGUUUGACUAAUUAAUGAAUAAUCUAUUUUUAAAAUGAUUUGUUGUUUGGGACAACAAUGUAUGAGAUGCUCAAAAUAAAAUAGGAAUCACUAUAACCUUUGUCAUUUUGUGCCAAUUCAAGCUUUAGGGGAUUUUAUAAAUAAUAAUCAAAUUUGUAUUCAAUACAUUUGUUCUUAUAACUUGGCUGAAACAAAAUUUUAAAAUAAGAUUACUAAAUGGUUAUAUUUUUAAGCUAAUGGGGUUAUUUUAACUUAUGCUUGUGAGACUUGGUCCACGACAAAAGAGGAUAAUGGAAGACUCACUAUUUGAAAGAGAAAAAUCCUAAAAAAUAUUUAUGGACCGGUGUAAAACAGUGACUUAGAAAUUGAUGAAAAAAACACGAAGAACUGUAUUGUUUACAUGAAAAACCCAAUAUACUAGCAUUUAUGAGUUAAAAAGACUGGAGUGGUUGGGACAUACAUAGAGAGCAAAUGGGGAUGUAUUAAAGAAUGUUCUGAUAGAAAAAAUAAACAAGUAAAAACCAAAAACCAGAUGAAGGGACAGUGUGGAAUAUGAGAAUUAUAGAUGUGGUUGUAAUAAUAGAUUAGUCUAUGGAUAGAAAAAGUGGAAGAGCUUAUUAUUAAUGGCAACGCAGAUCCUCAAUGGUCCGUUGAGCUAUUGAUGAUGAUGAACCCAAUGUGGUAAUAAUUCCUUAUCUCCCUCCCAGUUCAUUUCCCAUAGGUAUUCAGUUGAUUUAUUAAAACAUAUUUAUACAUUUUUCUGAAAUUUGGUGAGAAUAUUUAGUAAAUAGUUACAACUCUUAUAGUAACACUACAUGAUCAAUAUUCUAAUAAUAAUAAUAAUCAUAAUAUAAUUUCGAUUAAAAUAUACCUAUAGUUGUGUUUUUAACACCACUGCAAGCAUCAAUAACCAUUAGGUAUCUUCAAAACCUUAACUACCAUUAUAAUUAAUACCAUAAUCGAACUUUCUAAAAUUAAUGUACCUUCCAUUGACCGACCUGAUCCAAAAGUUUAAGUGGCAACUACCCCAAAAAUAUAACCUCGUGACGCCAUUAUGAGUAAAUUCGAUUUUGUAUUUUUCAGUCAUUAAUAAUAACAUUGAAGUUAAUAUCCGUGCAGCUGUAGAGAAGUUUUUUUUGUCGUAUAAUUUUCAAAAAUGGAUUAAUACCCUUCUUCUACCGCGCUCUUCAAAUGUUUUCCACUGUACACCAUAAAACCAAAUUUAAAUGUUCGUUAUUAUAACUUAUAACUUAUAACUAUAAAUUAUAAAUUAAAUAAAUAUAAAUUAAAUUAUAACUUAAAAUCUUCGUAGAUAUUAUCGUCGUUAGUUUGUGAUAUAAUAGUUGCACAGUAUACACGAUCACGUAUAAAUUGAAAAUCAUUUAUACACGCAUGAGACACAUACCUACCAUAACAUGAUAUAUUGUGCCUUUCACGUCUCUAUGUUAUAAAUGAAUAAUAUAACAUAAAUCAACCUAUAAUAUAUAUAAGCUAUAUAGUAAACAUAUAUAUAUAUAUUCGUGGCUUGUGCACGUGUAAUUCGUGAGGAAUUACAGAUUUUGUUCGAACGAUUAACUAACCUUUCCCAUGACGACGAAGACAUCGUGAUACCGACUUCGAUGAGCGUAUUAGGCAACAUUUUUUGAUCGGAUUCUCCCUGGGGAAAGACUAAAAGAAAAUAGUUAAAUAUAAAUUACUACAUCACUCGCGCAUACGGUUAAUUAUACGGUUUUGGAGUAAAACGUCACGCGGAGACGGCCUCGCCAUUUAAAGCUAAGAGGAAAAAAUCCAUUGUUUUUAACCGAAGGACGUUUAAUCCACGCAUGUUGACAAUUCUGUCUAUAUACUUUUAAUAACAAUAUAUUUUCGGUAAAAAUUAAAAACGAAAAAUGUAUAGAAUAGGAGCCUACUCAAUGCCUAUAAAAUAUAGGUAUAUUAUAUACAAUAUAUUCGACAACUGAUGCCAAUUACGCGUUUCUAGAAAAUAACGGUUUUAAGCCAAUUUAUUACUCGGUGACAUUUUUACGGUUACAACAUUAAAUAGGUGCCUAUAUAAUGUAUUAUUGUUACAUCGUCUCUCUCAGUUCAGCUGUAGGUACUUUCGCUCCGAACGCAAUUAUUCAAAGAGAUGCGCUGUUGUUUUUUUGUUUUUCAACGGUCUAUACCUUACCUAUGCUAUACAAAUGUUUCCAGGGACACCCGCUGUAGCACGAUAGAAAUACCUAUCUUAUAUUCCUAUACAUUGUGCUUAAAAUCGUGAUUGGAAAAUAAACGAUGUGCAAUCGAAGAUUACAAUUUAUUUGCCGGUCACACUACUAUUAUAUAGUAUUAUAAUAUUAUUGUUUGCUUGCCUUGAAUAAACUCAAUUUUAUUAUACCUAUUACCUACUAAGUAUAUAUAUAUAUAUAUAUAUAUAUAUAUAAUAGUUAGUAAUCUAUCUAGACAAAUAAAAAGUAUAGGUAUCUGAUCGAAAAUGUCUAAUGCGAUUGUUUUACAAUAAUAUAAUGUUUUAUAUACAUCGUUACAUGUUUAUAAAUACACUGUGUUAAUAUAGACAUAAUAUGUACAAUGUUUUACAUAAUAAUAUGACAUUAUUUGAUAACAGCACUUAUCAUAUGUUUUAUAUCAAAUAACAUUAAAGAUUGAAACAAAGAUUGAAUGCUCAUGUUUUGGACGUUUUCAGAAACGAUCGAGAAUAUUUAAAACAUCAGUUCAGAUAGAACUGAAAUAAAAAAAAAAAUUAAACAAGUAACUUAUACCAACUGUGCAGGAGGAAUGUGCUUAUCGUUUAUAAAAUGUAUCUAGUAUCUUGUAUAACUAAUGUAUAAUUUGGAGUCUGCUUAUUUAGAGUGUUUUGGGGUUGAUCACAUGCAAAUGUUUUAUUUAAAUUUUCUACAUUUGGGGGAAAGCUUUUAUUUUUAAUAUAAUUUGUUACAUUAAGUAAAUUUGUUUUGUAAGAUUCUACGAUAUUGUAAAAAGUGUUGGUUAAUUCGAAUUCUUUAAUACCAAAAUUUUGUUGUAUUAUUUCAUCUCUUAUGUAAUUUAUAAAGUUAAUUCCUUUUUUCAUUUUUUAUAUGUCAAUGUUAUAAUUUAUAUGAUUGUUUCUGGUUUACAUAGACUCUUUAAUUGGGUUAAUGAAAGUGAUUUUAUUGAAUAUAUAUGAUGUGCGUUUUAAAUGACUUACUGUUCGACUAUUUUCAGAUACAAUGAAUUUAAAAGGACUUUUUGAUGUAACUCUAAUUUUGGUUAUGAUUUUUUGGGAAGAAAGUUCAUGUAUUAAUAGUUUGAAGUAUUUUAAUGUAAAUUGUGUGUCAUACUGCAGUGAUAGACUUUUUGCCUUGAUUAUACAUUUUUUGUAUAACUUUUUGAUAUAAAUACAUGUUAAAUAAGUAAUAUAAAUUUGUAUUUUUAAAAAUGUUAUUUUGAAAUUCUUACUGAUAGAUAUUGGUUCUGCAAGACAGUAGCUAUAAUCAGAGUUUCCAUGAAAUUGAAUUCAUUCGUCUCAUAUUGGGAACCAAUGUGAAAUUUCAUGAAACCUCCAGUUACGACCAUCAAUGUAGGUUCUUUCACAAAACCAAAUUUGUAUAAUGAAGAUCAGUUUAUUAAAUAAUUGUAUAUAAACAAGUAUUAAAAAUAACACUCACCGCAUUAUUUCAUGGUCAAAAUUCAAAAAUUGCAUGCAAUUGUCUAUUUUAUAUAAUACUUUUUGAAAUUCAUAUCUGACCUCUGUGUAAAUAAUUUCCCCAUCCUUUGUAAAUACAUUUUGGAAUUGUCCAUUAAACUGGUUUACAAAUUUUAGAACCAAAUUUAAUUUAGACGUAACAGAAAAUCUGCAAGGACAUGAUUAAACAAUUCAGCCAAAAUUGGGUCCUGUGCUAUUGUGACUUUGCUAUAGAACAAAUAAAUAAUAAAUGUAUAAAUGUUAUAUAGUUCCAUAUAAACGACAUAUUAUAGUAUAUACCAAUAAUAAUUGUAGGUACCCGUCGACUUUAAAAGUAAAAAUAUUCCAUUAUUUAAUAUUAUGUUAGUACCGGGCCUGUUAUUCUUUCAAGCAUGACUGCGGAUGACGGACGACAAUAAUAAUAGUCGUUCACACGUAUACCUUAUGAUGGGAACUACCUUGACCGCCAUGUCGUAUAUAUACAUAUUAGAAUAAUAUUAUGUAUAUAUCGAAACUAACAACCGUUUUGUGAAGGGUCCGUAUAGACAAAGUAUAAUAAUAUAAUGAUUAUAAAACAAUACAUUUCGUUACUCAAUAAAAUAAUAGGCAGGUGUAUUAUAUUGUUGUAGUUUAACCAUCCGUCUUUCCCUAAACUUAUAUUUUCGUUGCAGUUGUAAUGAUUCAUCUACGCAUAGGGAUCUGACAACAAAAGGGGUGUUUUGAGAAGUAUUUUCGAACUAUAAUAGGUACAUCUACAUAAAUAAAACAGCUAUAAUGCGUGUAUAUAGUUACUUAGGAAACGCAAUACUUAUAUGAUGAUGAGGUGCCCUUAUAAAAAUGUGGUUUUAAUAAUCGAUAAUAUUAUUGGUUUGCACGCGUAAUUGGCUAUUACACUGUAAAGACAAAGGAACAUCACCCUAUGUUUUUGUUAGUUUUUUUUAUAACCGACGACUGUACGUAGAUUAAAUUAUAUAUUAUGGGAUGUAUAGCCGACCGAAUCACUAAUGGAAUGUGAAUAUUUAAAAUAUCUACACAUACAACUGUUGUACACUGCAGUAUAAUAUAUUAUAUACUUCAUGAAUAAUAAAUUUUCAGUUGUUUAAAAAACACUUAUAACGACGUAUUUUCUUUACGUUUGAUGACUCCUUGACUUUAAUAUAGGUAACCACUUCACAAUUUAAUACAGCUAGAGAUACUCAAAAAUACAACAAAAUGUUAUCAUUAUAAUAAAUUAAAUAUUUUAUAAUAUCCAAGAGGUAUCAAAAACGUAUGAAAAUGGAAAAUAUAUUUUACCCACGAUAUAUUGCCUGGAUACAUGUUAAGAUUAAUAUUAUGUCAUAAUUUUAUUAUGCCAACCAUGUCAACAAUUCUAUAUUACACAAUUUUGUUAACAUUACCGGAAACAAUUAAAUGUUUGUUAAAUUGAAAAAGAUCACGUUAAGUUGACUUUGAACCGUAAAUUAUAUUGAAGAUUUUACUAUCUGAGAGUACUAAAUAAUAAAAACAAACUAUAACAUAAUUUUUAAACGGUUUGGCAUGGCGCGUGGCGUUCUCUAUUUAAAACAGAGUUGAUAUUAAUUAACGAACAGUAGUUCGUUCACAUUUUAAAAAAAUCAGGUUACGCAGUAAAGUGGAGAAAAAUGUUAGCAGUUCAGUGAAUUGUGAUUUUUUACAAAACUACGCCUAUAUAAUAUGACGAAUACGUAAUUAAGCAGAUAUGAUUCAUAGCAAUUUAGCAAUUCAUUAGUUAUUUUUAAAUUUAGUUUUAAGAUUUUUUUUAUAAAUUUUUAAACUUUUAAAUCAGAUAUUUGGAAAUUUAAGACUGAAAUUUGAAAAAACUAUGAUCUGACUUAUUUAAUUUACGUCACUGUACAUUGAAUUCAAAUCGUGUCUUCUUGUCUUUCCUCUGUCUCCUUUUAAAUUUUGAGCGGAGUGAGAAAAGUAUUUUUAUUUUAUUUGUGGUACUAUAAAGUAAUCCAGAAGAAAAAAAUGAUUCGUAUCAUAUUUUCAAAAGUCACCCUUUAGGAAUUAAAUUUAGAAAAUCCAGCAUCGAGGUAGACACGGGCCUGUUUUCUGCUUAUUAUAGUUUAUGAAAAAUUGAAUUGUGAUACCUAAGUAAAUUUAUGCAUAACACGCAAUUCGAACAGACCUCUGUAAGAGCUAGCAUGUAAUUCGGAUGUACUGUAAUUUUCAGACCUUUGCGUGCAAUAGAAUCGGCUGUGGAUCGUUCAUAGAUAUGUAAACAAUUAAUUUUAUUGUACAAUAUAAAAUAUAUAUUGCAUUGUCAUUGUGUAAAAGUCGGACCCUAUGGAAAAUAUUUCGGUUGUUUUUAAUAUAAUACGAGCUCACGUUUAACGUCUGUUACAAUAUAUUAUAUUUUUAUAACUGCAGCUGCAUGUCCAAUGUGUUGGGGUGGGUGAACUAAUCGCUCACUGCAUCUGCAUUCGGGCACCUGCUACAGACUUCCAAGCGAUUUUAAUUGACAUAAAAAAAAUAAACACGAUUAUAUACGGAUUCCAAAAGUAAUAUAACGUAAUGUAAUGUAACGUAACCCUCAUUGUGUUUUGGAAACGGUUAGUGGGUACGUGAUGUAUAGGUAGGUAGGUAGGGUGGUCGCGGACGGUUUACCAGUAGAUGAAAGUAUAUGAGUUGUAUUAUUUUUUAUAUUUUUCACAGCUGUUGUAUAAGUAUACUUGAGUUACGCUACUCAAAAAAAGGUUGACAAAUAUUAUUUUUAAAAUUGAUUAGCUAAAAACAGUUCAAAUAUGAAUCAUUUUUACUUGGAUAACAUAAAUACAUUAAACUUAAAAAUAUUUAAAUUACCUAUAUAAUAGUUUAUAUUUUUUUAGAUAGGUGUAUUACAUCUUGUAUAUUUAUUGACUGAUGUACCGCCUAUACGUAUGUAAAAACUAUAUUUCUAUUAUUGAAUAUUAGAAAUUAUACAAAUUACAAUUUUGGUGCUCUGGGACAUUUGCCCCUCCCCCUCUCUCUUAUAGUUAUACCUCUGCUAGUGUCUUUGUAUGUAACAACAAUAUAUUUAAUUAAAUUAAUUGACGCUUUUCGGUGAAUACCUACACUUCUACUUAUAUUAAAAUAACUAUACUUACCAUUAACACAAUAAAAGUUUAAAAACUAUUCAUUUUUAAUUGAGGUUUUAAUUUUUGGUUAUUUCAAAUAUGGGUAUUGUUAAACAAUAUUAUUUAAUUCAACUCUCCGUUUCCAUUAUUUAAACCACAUUAAAAUCUUAAUUUAAUUUGUAUGCGUUCAACACCUUAAUAUAAGUAAAAUCAACUCCAAUAUUUCUAUUAGACUUAGCUAAGGUGGCUUUUCAUAAUUAAUGAUUAUUUAUUAUGUAUAGAUAUAUUUAGUAAAUAAAACCGUUAUAAUCAUAAAUAUUUUUGAAAAAAAGUACAAUUCAUUAAUAAAUAAGUAUUCAUUGUAGUUAAUAAUACUCCGUUCAUUUAUAUUAUUACAGUAUACUGUUAUUUUUAUUUAUCAGUUAUAAAGUCGUUGUUUAACUUAAAUUUGUAUUUUGUAACAGGUUGGGAAUUUUUGAUUAAAUAAUUUUUUUUUUACAUGGACGCGUGGGGCCUCGUAAUUAUUUGAUCUUUGGUGUGCCUGGGUCAAUUUUGACCCAGACACCCUCCUCUGACGCACGUGAAUAUGCAGAUAAAAUCAACUGAUGAUAUUUGAUUGUAGUUAUGAGCAGAUAAUCGGACGGCUCGAGAUCACUAAACCGUGUCAGCGGAUCGAUAAUAUAACAUAGGUUCUGCAUAUUAUAUUGAUCAAUACUCAAUACUGUAAUAUAUGUGGAUAUUUAGAUAAUGUAUAAUAAUAUAUAACCAAAUCCAUAGAUUAAAUAAUUGUGUAUAAAUAUUAAAUUUAUGAAUACGGCCGCCGCCGUUCCGUUAUUGCGUUUUGUAAAUGCUUUGUAAAUUUAAUUUAAUUGUAGAUAAUCAAAUUUUCUUUGAACUUUGAAAAAUUAUUAAAAAUAAAAAAUAUUUUAGAAGAAUAAACUCUAUAAAAUGGCUAUCUUCAAUUUUUUUUGAAAAUAACAAAAUAAAAAGUUUUUUUAUAUUUUUACUAAUACAUACAAAUUUAAUUCAAGUACACAUAUUUUAUUCCUUAUCCCUGCAAGUUGCAGGGAUAUAUAUAUAUAUAUAUAUAUAAAACAGAAUUUCAUUAUUUUUAUUAUGUCAGGAAAUAUUUUAAUGGAUAUAUUUUCGUUGGAUAUUAAUAUAUUUCGUAAAAUUGUAGUUCGAGUUUGAUUUCGUCAUUUUUGUAUUAAUACAAUAUCAUAUUAACAGUGAUAUAUACCUGAAAUACACUAAAACUAGAGUAGUUUACUAUGUAAUGUGACAAAUGUAACAUAGGAUAUAAAAAUCAAAAUACGUUAUUAUUUUUAUUAAAAAUUCCAAUUAGUCAUUCGUUUGGGUUUUAAAGAGUGCGUUAAUGUUUGAUGUAGUCAAAGUGGUUAUAUAGCGUCAUUAUAAAGAUUUGUCUGUUUAGUUAAUGUUUUUUUUUUAUUAUACUUAAAACGUAAAUUAUGGCAUUUCAGUUAAAAUUGGAGAUUUAAAAAAAAAGCUGAUAUUGGGGACGGGUGCAACCACUGUCAUAAGUAGAAAGUAGUUUUUUUCAUAAGCGUUGACGAAAAUCAUAAAAGUUACUGAAUUUCAAAAUAUAUCUUACCGGGCUUUGGUCCUAAUCGUUUUUCGUUAGCAAUAGCUUAUCACUUCAUACAGAUAUAAGUUAAAUAAUUGUAUGUAUACUAUCUUAACAACUUCCCAGCUGGCCAUCUACAACAGAAGCUGCAUGCACCCGUUCCCAGUAUCAGCUGUUUUUUAAAUGUUAUAUGUAAUUAAAAGUGUACAAGAUGCAUGGGUUACCAAAACAUGCGACAUCCUCUUAACCAAAAUAUUGUAGAUGUACGAUGUACAUAGAUUUAUAAUUUAUAUGUUUUAAUAUUUACGACUGCAAUGCUACAUUGUGAUAUAGUGCACAUAGUUCCUGAAUUUUAAAUGUACAUAAAGAGUAUAUUGGUCAUUACAGUCAACUUUUAUCAAAUAAGUGCGAUUUAUGUAUGAUAAAUUAUAUCACCAGUUGAUAAUUAACAAUUAAUAUCAUUUAUAUUUCAGUCUAUAAAACUAUAAAGUCCAUUUAUAUUUAUAUAGGUCAGUGCGCAGUUUUUGUAUGUAUAACAAUGAUUAUUUUAAUGUUGAAAACGGAUUAAAACUUUGGUUAAAACGUUUCAUUUCAUUAAAAUUCGUAUGUAAAAAGGUUUUCACCGAACAUAUUUGUAGAAUUUGGAUUUAGUACUUGCUAUUUUAAACAUUUUUAUGACCGUUAUUAACCCGUUAUGUAUGACGAGCAUACAUCUAGUAUUAUAUUCUUCUUCUCCUUCGCCUUUACCCCAACUAUUUGGUGUCGCCAUGUCGAUAACUCUUGUCCAAAACUUCUAUGUGUCCCGACUCCCCACAUCGUCCUUACAUAUAUCCGCCAUCCUUAAAUCAUUCUCAAUCGCAUCCAACCACCUUUUUUUUUUGGUCUUCCUUUUCCCUUCUUUCCUCCUACGACUAUUUUUAUUAUAAUUCUUACUACUUUUGAUUCUUCUCCCCUUAUAACAUACACAAACUAUCUCAGUCUAUUUUAUCUAUUUUGUCUACUAUUCAAACCACAUCUAAGUUCCUAUUUUCUAUCGUCACUUUACUCAAUAAUAAUAUUAUAUAUAUAUUAUUCCUUUACAUUAUAAAUAUACCAUGUUCAUUUUCGUAUUUUGAUGGUUGUACAAUGUACAACUUAUAAUAUAUUAUUGUUUCUUUGGAAACCUGUUCGAGUAUUAUGAAUUAUAACCUAUGUACAUAUUAAAAUCAGGUAUUUUUAAUGCAUUUCAUAAUCUUGAUACCUGUUUAAAAUACGUUUUAAUUCGCAUAUUAUGUAGAUAUUGCUUGUAUAAUUUAUAAAUAUUACCUAUAUGUAUAUUAUAUUUGCUUACUGCUAUAUACUGCAGUGUAGUGUGAUACAAAUAUAUAUAUAUAUAUAUACCUAACGAAUUUUAAUUUUAACAAGUAUAACCAAUGAACUGUAAAAACAAUACACAGAUCGAAAAUAAACCAUAUAGUACGUCGGACAUAAUAUUAUUACAAUGAAAUAUGAAAGUAUUAAUAAUCGAUGCAUUAAUGACCAUCAAGCUGUAUAAUGCUUUCAGACAAUAGAUUAUUUUAUUCAAACAUUUCAAAAAUAGUAAUUACAAAUUAUAAGAUUGCAGUGAAGGUACCUAUAAAAAAUUCGAUCACCAUACUAAAUACCAUAUAAAAUAUAUAGGUACUCUGCAGGUUAUACACAAAGAAUAACGGGUUAUGCUGGGAAUUGAACUAAUUUCCUGUUAAGUUAGUAUGCCACUAAACCUAUACACAGUGCUACAUCCGAAAUACGAUACAUAAUAUAUACAUUAGGUACCUAUACAUAAUUUGGUAAUUUAAUAAUAAUAUCUAAAUUUAAAGUACCUACUACAUACCCACGUAAUAAGGACAACUAUUAUACUAAUAUACAAUUAUUUUAUACUAACAUAAACUAAUCUAAUACACUUAUUAAUUAUUAUUAUAAUUUUUAUACUUUAUAAGUCAUAAUAUUAUAUAUUAUAUACAAGAUGCAACUUUUUAGAUUACUACUUUUUAAAUAAUUAUUACUUUAUCUUUAACUAUAAUAUAUAUAUAUAUAUCAGAACAUAGAUUAAUCUAUAUAUUAUUGUAUAUUUUAAUAAUAAUAGGAAUGUCUUAAUUAUAAAAUCCACGUAAUUAUAAUGAAUAAUAAUAAUAUGUAGGUACAAUAAUGGAUUGUUAUUAUAUUAUAAAUACGUAGGUAUAUAUUAUAGUAAUUGCAGCAUGACACAAAAUAUUAUUACAAUGUAAACAUUUAUUCGUCUUACAAAAUUGUAUAAUAUUUAAACAAUUCGCUAUUGUACAUAAACAUUAUACGUAUUAUUGGUAUACUCGGAUUCUAAAAAAUUCUGCAAGAAAUAUUAUAAGCAUUUAUUACACAGUUUCGCAAGUUUUGUUAUAUUAACAACAAAAGCACAUACUUUUGCUCCAAUAUUAACAAAAAUAUUAAAAUUAGGUUUUCUCUAAUAUAUUAAAGUAUAAUUAAUUAUUUUAUACAUUAUAUUAUGCACAUACGAGUAUAAUCGGCGGAUAUUGAAUAUUGAUAAUUAUUAGUAUAUGUAAUGAAUAAUUAUUACUUAUAAUAGGUAGUUAACAAUUUCGAUAGUUUUCAAUAGUUAAGUCGAACUAUUGAAUAUAUUUAUUUUUCAUUAACUAAUAUUUUUAUUCAGAUAAACAAUUAUAUAAAGGUAGUCGGUAGAAUAUUUCGAACAACUAUUCUAGUUGUAGUGCUUUUCAUAACCGAAAAGUUAAAUAAUUCUAAUAGUUUUCAAUUUAUCUGGUAAUAAUUUUAUUAUAAAGGUAUAGGUACGUAUUUUGUCACACCACAUGCGUAUAAUCAGGAAUAUAAUAUAUAAUAAUCCCUAUAUAAUCGGGAAAUUUUCGAACAAGUAAACAUUUAAUUACAAUUAUUUUUACUAGACAUUUUGAUUUUUCAAAAAUAUUUACUGUUGUGAAUAAACAGUGAAACAAGCGUGUUUAUAAUAUACUUCUAUCUUUACUAUUACCUAUAGCGAAUAACUAUAGAUACAUACAAAAUUUUAUUACCUACCAUCCGACCGGUUUUCGCACGGCAAAUGGCAUCGAAUCGAACGUCGCUGCUGCAGAGACUUAAACGCCUGCGAGAUAUUUUUCCUUUUUAUUAUAUUCACUCGCGGCAAUAUAAAAAUAUAUACGCCGCAUUGGUCAGCUCAAUCGAAUUCGACCUACUUAAUGCAUUUAUUAUAUAUAUAAUAAACGUACCAAUAUAAAUAAUAAAAUACACCUAUAUCUACGGUAAUUUUUUUUUUUUUUAUGCAAUAUAUUACGUACAAAAUAGUUUUGUUUCGUUUCGUGUGUUUUUUUUCCUAUUAGUUCUUAUCGAAUCAUCAUCUCUCCGUUGACACCGGCAAUGAAGACAGAUUAAUCGGCCAAACCCAUGAUUCGGAGAUCGGUCCAAUGACCCCACGCUCAAUCGGUGUUCAUCAAAAUUAUAUAUACCUGUAUAUUAUAUGCAAUAUUAUACGUGCACCAUUUUAUAUUAUAUUAUUAUUUUCCACGAAAUAUUAUUAUGAUAAUACAUUAAUACGUCCUAUCCGACGAGAAUAUCGUACAAAGAAUAACCUACACGAAAUUUAAUAUGUCAUAACUCAUAGUAUAAUAUAUUAAUAUUUUUAUUUUAUUCGACUAUAUACUAUAUAUAUACCUAGUAUACCUACGUAAUGUUUAUACAAUAUUAUUAUAUGUAUUUGCUUUUGUCGUUCAAUUUUAAUAUUAAUAUAACCUUGAGCUAAUUUUACGGGAAUAAUAAUUAGGGUUAUGUAUGUAUAUAUGAAUGUAUUUUCGUAUAUGUAUAUAAUGUAUAUAUGUGUAUACGUUUUAUAUAUGGAAAGUGAAAAGUCUGUGAACAUUAUUAUUUGUAUAUUAAAAGUAAUUUGUUUGCAAUCAUUGUGUCGUAUUCCUAUAUUAUUUGUAAAAUAGUUUUGAUAUUGCACAGCAGCACGUGAAACCCAAUAAUAAUAAUAUAAUAUACAUAACUUUCAUAUAAUAUAUAAGGUACAAAAAUUAUUAUACCUAAAAUACUAUAAACAGUAAUCGGUAGAGCAUGUCAAUAUUAUAAUAAUUCUCCAAUCUCCGGGGUAUAGGUAUAUCUAUCGUUUGCAAAGUAUCCUAAAAACAUGAACUGGUAUUAUAUAGUACACAUAUAGUAUAUUUUAAAUAAAGACCGGAUUUAAUUGAUAUUGCAACUUUUUUUUGCAAUUAAGAUAAAUUGGAUCUGAUUAAAUAUAUAGCUGAUAUAUAUUAAUAAUAUUCUGCCUAAUUAAUUUUAUAAUGCAAUUUUUUUCAAUUUUCUCAGGGUUUUUAAAUCAUAGGCUUUUAUCGUUCGUCUGGAAUUUUCUAGAAGCUUGGAGAACCCAGCGAGCGAUAAGCGUCUAUAUAUAUAUAUAUACGGUGGCACCACCGAGAAUAAAUAAAUACAGAAAAGAAAUGCCGGGUAUACCUUUACCACCCGUACCUAUGAUUACAAGAUUAGGAACAUGGUUAAAUGCUGCACUUUUCUAGCGCAAAUAAUUUUGAAAAGUUUAAUAACGUGAUUGAAAGUUUAACAGAUGAUACUACAAGUGACGAAAAACUGAAACAGCUUGUACAAAAUAAUGCAAUCAAAUAUGGUUGGGCAUUCAUAAAAUUACACUUAUCUGAGUUAUCCAUCAAUCUUAAAAAUUUGGAAGAAUCUAAAAGUGAACUAAUGAAAAGCAUUGAUAUAUUUAGAAAAAUUGAAGAUUUUUUAACAAAUAUUCCUGGUCCAAAUGGGAAAAAAAUGUAAGUAAGUAAUUGAAAAAAAUAAAGGGUAUACAACUUUAAAGUCUUAAUAUGAAGUCAUGUCAGGUAAAGCAAAUGUUAAUUUAGAUAUAACGCCUACUUUAUUAAAUUGUUUUGAAUAUGCACCAAUAACUAGUGUAGAUGUAGAACGUAGUUUUUCUUUGUACAAACAUAUUUUAAGUAAUAGAAGAUUUAAUUUUAAUUAAAAUAAAGUAACAUUUAUCUAGUUUUUUUUUUUUAUAACUUGCAUUUUUAUAGUCCAAUUUUUGUGUGUUUUAAAUGGAAUGAAAUUCGGUCUUUAGUAAUUAUAUAGAUAAUAAUAAUUAUGCGAAAUAGUAUAGAUGUAUACAUAUUUGUAUAGCUCUGGAUUUUUUUAAAACUCGAACAGUUCUAAACAAAUUACGGGGUUCCAUGCAAAAUAGUUUCGCGGGGCUCAAUAUAUUUUAGGUAAACUAUAAUCACUUAGGUACACUAUUAAAAAAAAAAUAAUACGUAUAAUAUUUAAUAUUUAUUUUUUGACAUAUUAUUAGUAUCUAAUACUACUAAUUUGAUAACAAUUUAUUUAGAAAUGGUUUAUAUUAGUUUAAAUAAAUAAAAUUAAUUUAUAUAAUACUAUUACAUUUUGGUUUUCAAAAUCAUUUAUAACCAAAUUAUAAUUAAUGGUUUUAGUUAUAAUUUUUUGGAUGAAUAAUGUUACAAGUCCAGUUAGUCUAGUUUGUGAUAUUGUGCUCCUAAGAUAACUUUUUAUUAAUUAUAAUUUUGAGAAUAAUCAUCAAUAAUCAAGAAGCCGACGUGAUAGGUACAGUUAGCAUUAUUCGAAGAGAAAUAGUUAUGUUUGAAAAAGAGUAAUCUAAUACUUUUAGUAUCUAUAGAAAGAGGUUGAAGUGCAGUUUUGUUUUCUGUCAUUUUAAAUAUUUGAAGUUUAUAAUGUAACUCACUUCCGUCUAUAUCUAUGUGUUAGCCAUACAUGAGAUAAUAUGUAGAUCUUUAUAAUACUAGGUGUGGCUAUUAAAUAACAAGACUGCUCGCCUAGAGGGCGCCCUAGAUGGGUAGUGAAAAAAGCGAGUAAUGCGUUGGGUAUAUAGUUAUAUUAUCUAUGCACGUACCAAAACACGUUUUCGUCACUAUUAUAGUAUUUGUGCAGUAGUGGUUUGAAACGAACGUGUUUUUUUCUCGUGCCGAAAACCAUGUGUGACGAAAAACAUGAGCAACGGAUAAACAUAAAAUUUUCUCGUUAAACUAAAAAAAACUCCAACUGAGUGCUAUAAGUUGUUAAAAGAGGCCUAUAGUGAGGAUUUCCUAUCUCGGGCACGUGUUUUUGAGUGGCAUAAAUUAUUUUCUGAAGGUCGAGAGUGCACCGGAAUGCAAAUUCAGUCGUAAUCCAAAUUCAAAACCGUUUUCUUCGAUAUCAACGGCUUCGUGAUGACUGAAUGNUUAUUUGGCCGCUUAAGGCACUCCAGUACUCGAACACGCGUCUUACUCACCCGAUUUGGCACCCUGCGACUUUUACUUGUUUCCGAAGAUAAAGUCUGCCUUAAAAGGAAUCCGGUUUGAGUUGAUGAAAGAGGUGAAACAAAAAUUGGCGGAACUCCUGAAUGGUCUUACGAAAACAGACUUCCAGCGCUGCCUCGAGCAAUGGAAGAAACGAAUUAAACGGUGUAAAGUGAAGGGGAGUAUAUUGAAGGGAAGCAUUUGAAUGUAGAAUAACUUUUAUAAUAAAACACUUUUUCGUAACCAGUCUCGUUAUUUAAUAGCCACACCUCGUAUUUUAUUAAUUCACCGUUUUCUGUUUCUUUAAGCUUUGAGUUUCUUAUAAGCUUUCCAAUGCGAUAGAGGAAUUCAAAUUUAUCAUUGUAAGUCGUAAACUACUUAAAACGUAAGUUUAGCGCACUUAAUACUUGAUAUAUAAUAAUAGUAAAAAAUGAAGUACGAAAUUUGGUUUCACCAUAAAUACAUUAGGUACUUUAUUUGAAUUUUUAAAUAAUAAUAUCCGUAUUAAAUCACUAAAAAUAAUAAUAAUAUUAUAGAGAUGUAUAUACUUACGGUAAAAUAUACGAGGGGUUUUUUUUAAUCCAAAAAGUUUAGACGGGUCAAAUAACCGCAAAUAAUAAAAUUUAGAAGUUAUAAUAAUAAUAAUAAUAACAAUAAUAAUAAUAAUAAUAAUAAUAAAUAACAUUACGAUUUUUUUUUCUAUGGUUUUUUCUUUUCUUUAAUAAAUUCUUAUAUACUACAAGAACGCGCAAUGUAACUGUGAUCUUGAAUUUAUUUCAUACAGUCCGUAUUACAUUAUUUUGUGAAAAUAAUAAUCAUAAUAUAUUCAAACGCAACAUUGAGGACAUUUCCGUCUUCGCCAUGGUCAGGUCGUUGCGUGUUAAUUACUUUUCGGACCAUAGCUAAUUUCCUUCUUUUUUUCAUCAUCAGCCGCACUGUGUUCAUCUGGCGCAGCGCGAUUCUCGAUUUAACAACAAAACGUGGACUUAAUUAGAGAACUAUAUAGGUAGAUUAUUAAUUGUUUUUCUCGAAAUUUUGAAUACAUUAGAACGUUAUACGAUAUUGAACUAUAAACUGUUAAAGGUAGGUGUGUGUGAGGUGGAGAGGUUAAAAUUAAUUUUCAUAUAUUUUCAAUUAUUUACAAUUAUAUAUUUUUAUUUAAGAAAUAUACAGCACAAGUCACAUAAUAUGUGCAACUACUGAAUUACGUUGGCAAUUUUAAAAAUUAAAUUUUCAAGUUAGAUGUGUAAGUAUUUUUCGACUUUGAUAUUUUACAGACUUAUAACUCGCUCAAAAAUUAAAAUGUCUAAAAAAGCAGACGCUAUUGCAUAGAUAGUAUGUUUUUGUAAUAAGUCUUCAUAAUUCAUUCUAAUAUUAAAAUUAAUAGUACAAAGUUAUCCCCGCUGAACGAAAAUGUAUAGCUAUAUUAUGCAUUUUUAAAUCGGAGACAACUCAUGCGGGUGUGGUGCCCUCUUAAGUAUACAAAACCCGGAAAAUUAAACAGAAUCCCAGUUACGCUCCCCCCUCUCCCCCGGAAAAAGAUGUCACUACGUUUGACCGAUUUUUGAUUUUACAAGGGGGUACUAAAAUAUUGAUUCUAUUGAAAAUAUUAUACGAGUACAUCAUUAUAUGGAUUAAAAAUUAUAUUGUAUACUUUAUACUUAAUAAUAUACAUUUAAACACUUGUAAAAAAAAUAUAAUUUUUAGACUUUCUCGCUUCACUAACGUACUUGUGAUUGUUUUCUUCGCUAUAUCACAUUCGCUAAGUAUUGGCGUCAUUGAAAGCGGAAAUUAAUGAUUUGAAAUGGUAUUUACGAAUUAAGUAUUCCUAUUAUUUACGAGACUGAAUAAACAACUACCAAUAAAUAGUCCUAUUAUACGCUCUGGCUAAACGAAAUGUAUGUAUAUAUAUAUUAAAUAACAAUAACACUUUACCUAUUGUAAAUAUAUCUGUAUUAUUAUUAUUUGUUUAUUUUUUUUUAGAAUUUAUUACUUUAAUCUAAACGAACAUUUUUUAACUACAUUAAACCGAACACAGGCACAUGUAUAAUAUUAUGUGUGUUAAAUGGUCUUCUUAGAAAAGUGAAAAUUAUAAUUGAUCGUCAUAGUGCACUGCAGGUAAAUUAGGCAGGUUAAGAGUGCCUCUGAACCGAUGAUUGAAUUAUGUAUGCGUUUAUGCCCUAAAAAUGAUGAUGAUAUAUAUAUAUAAGACAUAAAUAUACUCAACUAUUCUAAAUAUCAAAUAAAUGAAAGUAUUCAAUGUGCUACUUUUUAUAGUCUCUUUUUUCUUUUACUUUACAAUUCAUAUUAAAUUAGAUCUUAUAUACUUCUAUAUGCAUAAUAAUAUAUAGGUACUUAGAAAUAUACAUAUAUUAUAAUAAUAUUUAGUUAUAAAUAUAGUAGGUAAUACUACCUACUAUAUAUAAUAUUAAUAUAGGUGUGUAUAUGAACUCUACGACUGUACAUGUACAUACGAAUCACGGAUGGACACCUACACACGUACACGAUUUUGUAAUAUUACAAUACAAUUCCAGUUUGUAACUACAUCGCGUAGGUAUCUACAAAAAGGUUUCUGAAACCUUUAGAUAAAUUCAUCUAGAUUAUAGUCAAAGCCAUGUGUACAUUAUCUCUAUACAUACUUUUAAAACUCCCAUGCAGUGCUGUCGUGUAGUGCUAAUGUGCGACUCGUGAAAUACGAUCUCUGAAAUAUAUUACAAUAUUACAAGAAAUCAAAGCUGUCGAGAAUGCCGUCAAACUAAAUUAAUUAAUAUCUAUAGAAUAUAAAAACACGGACAUACUUUGUAUCUGGGUAGGCAAGAAGGUAAGAAGUUAAGAAGGUAGAGGUGAACUUUAAUGUAUAUCUGUACGCAACGAUUAACCAUUGCUAACGAAAAACGAUUCUGAGUGGAGUUCGGUUAAUAGUGUUGCUUUGGCAACAUUAUAUAUAUCAUAUUGAAAUUUUGUUUGAAAAAAAUUUUAAAAUUGACAUUUCCAUCAACUUGUUGGUAAAGAGAAAACACUUUUAUAACUUGGUAUUUUUACGGAACGCUAUACAUUAUACAGUUAUAGUUUCAAUGUAACAUUUUGAUAAACGUUCAGUUAGGGUGUAUUGAUGUGUUAAAAAAUAAAAACUAUUACACAAAUAAAAUAAUAUUAUUUUAGAAUAUAGGUACAUUAAACAAACUUCUAAAGUAAUUAUAGUACUCAAAGUAACUUAUGAAGUACCUAUCAACUAUAUCAACUAUAUUAUAAUAAAUCAUACAAAUUUAAAUUGCCCGAAUAACGUCAAAAAUAAAACUGGUUGAAAUAUAAUAUAAUCGCUUUAGCCGUGUAACUUGUUGUGUUCGUAAAAGAUUAAUGCAAAUGGAAUAUACUGCAAGGUCAACAUAUACCACAUUAGGUGUCAAGACCACACUGCAUUCAUUAGUCAAGUGCUACUUAAUAACUAGAUCAUUUUCAAAAUCGUUAUUAUGUAUUAUAUAGAUAGUUUGCGCACGCGAAUGCAGUCAUUCGUUUAUAAUUAUUAAUAGUUUCUUUAAUUAGGUAAGAUAACUUAGGUUAUUAAUAAGGUAUUAUAAGUAUUUAUUAUCUUCAUUUUGGUAUUUAGUAAUUUUUGUACAAUAUUCCUAAAUUUUUGAACAUUUGAAUUGAUUCCCUACCUUUAUUUUUUUUCAAAAAUAUAUUGGUUACCAAAAUGUUGUUAAUUAUUUUAAAGUUAGACAAUAUGAACCAGUUGACGUCAGAAAGUUAACCGAAUAAGUUUAGUAUGAUUCUUAAUUUUAAUAAAAUCUAACCUAGACAAUAUCAAAGUUUAACAAUAAUUAAAAAACUAAAAUACAGACAAUUAUUAAUUUGAACGUGUUCGGUAUCGUUAUAAAAUAUUUAUAUAUAUAAAAAGACGAACAUACUAUAAGUACGAUGAUUGGACAACUUUUGUGGGUGGGAAGUUGGUAAGGUAAGAUAUAGAGAGGAAUUUAAUGUAUAUCUGUAUGCAACGAUUAAUCAUUACCAACUAAAAAUAAUUCUGAGCGGAGUUCGGUUAUACAUGUUUAAGCGAAGCAAAGCGAAGAAUAUAUUAGUUUUAAAUUAAUAUUUAUUUAUUAUUUUUUUUUUACUGUGUGUACAAAAUUUUUACCAUAAAUCUUGCUCCGAUUUUCAAAUGUGGCAAUUUUUCUGAAAGAAAAUUUUAUCUCGUUGGUACUUUAAAAAGGUAAUUUUUUUGAUUUUCCAAGCGGUUUUCAUAAUAAUUGGGAAAAGCCGGGGAAAACGGAGGAAAAACGAAAAUAAUGUUUUUAUUAUUUUUGUUUUUUGUUGUGAUUCGGUUAAAAAUGUUCGUAGAGACUUAAAAUUUGGACAGAAAACUUUUAUUUGAUUUUCUAGACGUGGUAAAAUUUUAAAAACAUUUCAGCUAUUUGUGAACUUUUUAUAGACAUUUUAAUUAUGCGAGGUUUUUACUUAAUUUUUAUGUUUGGUACUCUGUGGAUAAAAUUUUUAAACUAUAUAUUGACAAUUAAACAGGAGAUUCAUUAUAAGUCAUACUUUGUGAUGAAAAAAAAAUGAGUUUAAUGUAUGUAGUAUUUUUUUUAUAAGCAUUUUAUUAUCAAAUUUUAACGAAAAUCUUAAAUAUUACGGCCUUUUAAAACAUUUAUAACCGAACUCUUCUUAGAACCGUUUAUUGUUAGUAAUAAUUAAUUAUUGCGCACAGAUAUACAUUAAAUUCUCCUCUUCGACCUUCCCAACUUCUCACCUACAACAGCUAGUGGCCCACUCAUCAUGCGAAGUAUGUCAGUCUUUUUGUAUAUUAAAACCUUGAAAUUACACUAAUGUCAUAUUUUCGAAUCUAAUCUUCUAAAAUUGUAUUUAAUCUUUAAUUAAUACAAUAAUUAUAGUAUUAGAUUAAAUACUACUCGUGUAUUAUAAUAUAUUUAAAAAGUUGAAUAUAUUUGGAUGUAGUAAAUAAAAUUUGGAGUGGAAAGAUUUGCACUAGCUAGUUGGUUAUCGGGCAACUUAGUUAUCAGGUAUCUCUCUGAAAUUGAUUAUUGUUACAAUACUAAGAUAGUUUUUUUAUGAAUACACAGUCUGUAACACGAAGAUAUGCCACCUGAAAUAACAUUGUUCUAUUCAGUAUUUUUUUUUCUGAUAACAAUAUUGCACGAGCCUUAUUUAUUUUUAUUGAACUAAACAUAAAAAAUUGUAUUCACAAAAUCCAAGAUACCUAACUAUUUAAUAAGUAAAACAGAAUUUGGUGUUACUAAUAUUUACUCAUAAUUAAUCUUUAAUGAAUCGUUAAUUUCCCACAAUUUUAGACACCUAGUUUAAAUUGUUUUUAUUUUGACUACUAAAUAAUAUCAAUUCAUUCACCCAUUACGUGUUACGUAAAAUGAAUCUAUAAUAAAUUAAUGAACAAUAGGUCAUACAAAAUAAACAGUAUUAGGAAUAUGUAUAUUGUAUCUAGUAUUGAAGGUUUUAUUGGGAAUAACAAAAUCUUGAAAAUGCCUUGUGUACACAUUUGCACUACUGUUUUAAGAGGUAAGUUGAAAGGGAGUAUAUAUAUAUAACUAAAUACCAGAAAUCGGACUUUUAUUGAUACAUUGGAUAACAGCUAGGGAAAUCAGACUGAAAAUGCUGGAUAUUUGAAAUUUGGAACUUGAAACGUUAGAACUUUUUAUAAGUCAGGAUACAGCCAGCUUUAGUGAUUUACAAAGCAUAAUACAGGACAUUACUGGUACAAUAUAGGUAUAGUCGGACUGCAGAAGAUUCGGUGGCUGGACUCGGGCUACCUUAAAUCAAAAAAUGUUGAAUAUGUUCUAUAGUGAAACAAACAAAGAUGGUAUCAGAUUUAUAGUAAAAGAUGCUUGGUUAAAAUUGAUGAAGAAAUUUCAACCGAUCAAUAAGGAAAUAUGUUACAUAAUACUAGCUGGGAAAAUAUUUGAAUGUAUGCAUACAUUCAAUACUAUUUAAUACACAAAUAAUUUUCUACUGGAAAUCCAUUUUCAGAAAAGUUCCUUGCCUAGCCAAUGUGUCACUCAGUGUCAGCUCGUGGUUUAGACUACAGGACGAUCGCACUCCCUAUGUAAAAUUGAAGGAAAGGACAAAUUAUAAUUUUAUUUUAAACAUUUAAAAUAAGAACGGUUAAUCACUAUAAUAGUCUUAUAAAUCUAGUUAGGUAUUAUAAAAGUAUGUGUGUUGUCAUGUAGGAAUUUGUAUAAUUCUAAGACAGAGGACUUUUUCAUAUUGUCACAUUCAGUCAGCUCCCAUUUCGCCGUCGUACCAUUUCACCGAAUUUAUUUUUUAUAUAACUUAACAUAACUUACACAAGUUAUUAAUACUAAAGGUGAACAAGUUAAUAAAAAUAAUGAACUAUUACAAGUUAAGUUAAUUCAUUUAAACUGCCUUCAGUUAAAAGUUAACAAAUAAAAAAUUUAACUCGAUAUAAGUUUAAAGUUAAAAUGGAAAAUAAAAUUAACUAGGUAUACUCUGUUAAAAAAAAGAUAAUUUUUUUUUCAAGCCAUAAUAUCCUUGUCAUAAAUUUUCCUAGUAAUUUGAUUUACAGAAUUAUUAUAAUAUCAAUGAUAAUAAGUACUCUGGGUAUUACCUUCCAACAAUGUUAUUAUAUCGAUAUUUAUUUCGAUUAUAUUACCUAGUGUAAUACGUUCACUGUGUCUAUCUAUUGUUUUAUUAAUCACAAAUUCACAAUAACUAUAUUUAAAAACAAAAAUAAUUUGGGAAUUAUGUGAUAAAAUGGGAUUAAUUUUGGGGCGAAAUGGGAUAUCGCAUUCCCUUCAUCAGCGCCCACUAGCCGCCACUGGACUGUCACUACAUUGAAGUCAGUUUCGAUGACUUUGACCCAAAAAUAUCUGAUUUAAAAAAAUGCAUUUCUUAAUAAUUAGACAACCGUUAUAAUAUAGGUAGGUAUUUCAAUAUUUAUAUGAAGUAGGUAGUAAAACGUACUUCCGUGCUGAUGGCAAUGUUGUGUCUAUUAUGAAUGGAAACAACCAGCUAAUAGCUAUAUAAGAUCGUAAUAUCUCGUCCGCAUAAAGUUUAGUGACCACGAUAAUUACCAAUAUCUUUUCUGUUCCUUUUUUUUAGUUUUUUUUUUUUGUACAUAGUGAAAGUCGCCAGAGAACGAAAUCGUUUUUCACGCGCAAAACGUUUAAUUGGUUUCUGUGACUUCCUCACAUAAUAUACACGACCGCGUUCCACCACACAGCUAAUGUCAGCUGCUUUUCUUUUCGUCGCGUACUCACAAAUUGUAUAGAUUAUACUGUUUAUGUUUCAUGUACGAGUUUAUAUAUUUUAUGUACGAGCACAUCACAACAAUAAUGCACUUUGAUUUUUUGUUAAUUUCCAACCUCUUUACGCAUCAUCGUGAAUGUUUAACAAAAUGAGUCUCACAAUAAUAUACAUAGCUAUAGUGUAAUAGAACCACAAAAGAACUUGAAUAGGAUCUGUGGGUAUUACACGAUAUAAACAUAAACUAUAUAUUAUUUUAAUAUAUAUAUAUAUAUACAACUAUUCGUUGUACCUAUUGUCGUUUGUAUACGGAGGAAAUUGAAAUAGACGCAGGAUGUCUAAACGUUACUUUGUCGGCCGAUAUUAUUGUUAUUUACAUUAAAUAAGUAGCACAGAUAUAUUUAGACGCCUUCGUAUAUUAAUUGAUCGGCAAAGUAUUGUAAAGGAAUUGAUUGAAUUGUACGUUUAAAAAACUGUACAUUAAACCUCACUAUACCUAAGUUACUAUGACUUAUACACGUACUAUAUAGUGCCCUAUAAAAACAUAACAAAUGCUUUUAAAGAAAUAUACCAAUAUUUGUUUUAAUAAUUAGUGUAAAAAUGAUAUUUAAAUUUAUAUUUAAAAAAACUGAUAAUAGUACCGACAUGAGUGUGCUACUGUUUUAGGAGGGAGGUUGAAUGUGAGGAUAUGUAAAAUAAUUUAAUUUAUAUUUGUACGCAACUAUAAACUAUUACUAACGAAAAACGAUUCUGAAAAUCGUUUAUCAAUUUUUUUUUUUUCGUUGCUGCCAAGGUAAUUCAGAAAUUAACAAACUUUAUCGAAAUUAUGUAUUAAUAAUCAGUGGCAGUGAUCACGUACUUCUCUAAUGUAAUUAUACCACCUUGUAAAAUGAGUAGGUGGGUAAAAAAUUCAGACUUAACAUAAAUUUAUGUAAAGACCUGCACAUAACACUCUGAGUAUGUUUUAAGAAUCCAUUUAUAAUGUGGACAAUAUUUAAUGAACCUUAAAAUAAAAUACAAAACUAUCAUAAACAAAUGAAAUAAAUUAUUUUGUAUAGAUACUACUUGGUAACUUUUUAUAAUUUAAAGAAGUAUAGUCAGGAGUCAAUUCUUGAAUUCAUUUGAUAUAUAAGCGAAAAUUAUUAGUAUGUGAUGAUAUAAGUAUGAUAGUCAUAUAAUAUUAUCGCUGUAAUAUACGUUUUUUCUUAUCUGUUUAUCUCUAUUCUUGAAUACCAUUCGACAAUUUAGUUGUAGUAUAUGACAGUCGAUAAUAGUCGUUUAACAUCUUUUGAUUAACUUGUUAUCCCACUGAUAAAAAUUAUUGUUAAUGAUUACAACAAUGUCACAAAGACACAGAAUCCGUUACCUAGUAAAGUCUUUUUCCUAUGAGUAAAGUUACAUAAUUUCUUUUGUCUUCGCCAUAGUAUAUAAUUGGUUUGUUUUUACUUUUAUGCUGACUUGUAGUAGACGCAUUCCCCAACAAAUUUCGGAUAAAAAAGGUCGAACCACAACAAGAUCAAAUGAUCUCUUUAAAUAGUUUCUUAAAACUCAACUCCCAAUUAUUGAUUAGAAGUUUAGGUCAUCGUUUACGAAAAGAAAUCGCCAACAUAUAUGUUAAAUGCUAUACCCGUUGGAAUGACUAGCCAUUAUUAGGUUAAUUUAAGUUUGGCAACAGGGGUGUAGUAAUGUUAACACAGAACCGCCAAGUUGUCAGUUAAACGAAAAAAAAAAUUAAGUUGAAUACAGUUAAGUAGUAUCGAAUAUUGAUAUUUAUGAUAAAAAAAAAAACAAUUGAUAUAACACUUAUUUUGUUGCUGUCAUAUAAGAUUAGUCACUGACCUAUGAUUAGUACGUUUUCUAAAAGGAAAUAUUUUCUAGAUAGUAUUUUAAGCCGGUCAUUUUUUAUUUUCCUAGCACUUUUCAUAAUAUCUGAGAAAACUCGGGAUAAAAGGUAAGAAAAGCCGGGGGUAUUUACGAAAAUAAUGUUUUUAUAAUUCAGUUUAAAAUAUUCGUAGCGACUUGAAAUUUUGAAAGAAAACUUAUAUUUGCUUUUUCUAGACGUGGUAAAACGUGGUACAAAUAUUUGAGCCAUUUUUGAACAAUUUAUAGAUAUUUUAAUUUUGUGAAUAAUUUUUAUUUGGUAAAGAUAAGUUUAUCACUAUAUCUUUAUUAUUAUUAUUUGUAAUACUAACUGACAAUACUGAUCAUAUACCUACUUUCAAUAAAAGCAUUUGAUCUUUUUGUUAUUAUCAAGACCUAUUACCAAGUCAAAUUUCAUUUGCUUUACAAUCGGUUUAUCAUUGAUUUCAUAACUUUUCAUUUUUAUUUGUCUAGCUACAGUCUAAGCAUAAAACUAUUUAUAUUUUUUAUUUUAUUUGAAGUCUAUAGUUGUAUUAGUGGCAUUCUCGGGAAUUUCCAAUGGUAAGGGGAGUUGUUUGUUAUUUCUAGAAAAAUAUGUAAGAGGCUAUCUGCGCACUUCCAUCUAGUUAUGGCAUUUAACAUUUUUUUAGAUUCUGAGUUUAGAAGAAUGUUUUGGUUUUACAAAGAUAUUUAUUUAUUUUUUUUAUCACCUUUUCUGAAUGGUACAUUUUUUUGAAUUUUCAUUGAUAUUCAAGAUGAUGAGAAAAACUAGGUUCUUUAGGUUUAAAAAGUUAAAAGAUUAAAAAUAAGUUUGUCAUUAUCAACCGUUUUUAUUUAUUUUUCGUUAUCAUUAAAUUUUUAUUGUUUCAAUAUUUUUUUAAACAAUUAUUGUUGUCAUGGAAACACGCAUUUUUGUAAUUAUUUUACCAUAAUAUGACAUAUUGUUGACAGUUGUUGACAAAGUAACACUAUCAACUGAACUCCUUUUACAAUCGUUUUUUCGUUAGCAAUGGUUUAUCGUUGCUUAGAAAUGUACAUUAAAUUCCCAUCUAUAUCCUACCUUUCAAACUUUCCACCUACAACAUUGGUUACGCCCACGUUCAUGAGAUUAUUUAUCAUCGUCAAUGAUAAGAAUGAUGAUCAUAAUAACAGUGUAAUUAUAAAUAAAAAGCAUUUUUAAAUCUUGUAAUUAGGAGUUGACUUUUUUUUUAUUUUUGUUAUUAAUAUUUAUUUUUUAAAACCUAAAAAUAACAACUAUAUUGUUCAUAAAAGUCUAUUUAGAUAUGUUAUUCUCUCAUAAGUCAUAAAACAAAAAUUAAUAUUGGGUUUUUCAUUCACGUUAUUUUUGGCUUCUAAAAGGGCCCCCAACUCUGUGUGCCCAAGGGCUCCUGCAUAGUUUAAGAUGGUCCUGGAAAUAUUUCUGGGUGGUAAAUUGGAAACGGUGGGUGGAUAAUUCAAGUUAUUUAGGUACAUUAAGCAAAUCCAAUUUCGGUAGGCGUUGCUGUGCAUAGAUAUUGUAUGACCGUGCCCAGUGACGACGCGAAGAAGGUAUAUUUGACUCACGUGAUUCAUAAAAAAACCGGUGGAUGAAUCAUGGGUGCUUAAGUGUUCAAAAGUAUAAUAAAAAAUAUCAUGUUUUUAGUAAACGAAAGUCAUUAAUUAAAUUUUAAUUAAUUAAAAUCAUAAAAGAAUUUUAAACUACGUAAAUUUGAUGAAUUUUAAAUUUCAAUAAAUUAAAUUAAAUCGGUAAUUUAAGGUUAAAAUAUUUUUCGCUGCCACUAACCGUUCCUAUUAAAUUAUUAUAAUUUAUAUGCAUAAAUAUGAUUAAUUUAAAUUCCGGGUGUUUAUAUAAUGUGAAUUUGAUUAUUAGUUUUUAAUAAUUCACUAUUUUGCAGGUGAACGGUUUGUUAUUGCGGAACUAUGAACUUGAACAAGCGACGUCUGAUAUUCUGUACGUUUAUCUACUCGUGUGCCGCCAUUGGUCUAAUUGGUGCCGGCCUGGGCACCAAGCGAUGGGUUGUAGCAUCGGCCAGACGCACAUCCAACACCACCGAAUCCGUGGGUCAGGUCAACUUGGGCCUGUUUCACGGUGACAAGUAUUUGAACAUCGGUUACGGGCUUCGGACAUACAGCGUGGACGGUAAGUGGAUAACCAUAAUAAACACAUCAUUAAUAAGCCAAAAUAGAGAUUAGAAAUAUUAUCUAAUGCUUUAAUGCUAAAGAUAUUUCUCUUAUUUCGGAAGAAGCAAUUAAUUCAAAACAUUAUAUACGACAGGAUACGAGAAAGUCUUCUAAACUGCUAGAAGGAAUUAUUUAAUUUAAAUAUAAAUUAUAAAUAUUAAAAACACUUUUCUUAUAAGGUUUGAAAUGUAGCUACUGCUACUAGUUAUUAUUGUUUAUUAGUUAUAACUAAUCGUAAAAAUUAAAUUUCCAAAUUUAUCAUUAUGAUUUUAUAGGGAGGGGGGGGAUUGGAAAUUUGAUGGAAAAAAUAUCUUUACUUUAAUACAAAUCACGGUUAUAGGUUAUUAAAAAAAAAAAAAAUUUUAAUGUGUUAAAAGUAAACGUAAUUAUAGGUAAGUUUGUGUGGUAAUGAUAAUAAUUAUAAUCAGGUAUGUCAUUUUUUAAGUGGUGUUAUUAUAUAUAAACGAUUUCUACUACAGAUAGUAGGAUAUAGUAUACCUAAAACGACUAAAACCUAAUAAUGCUGGAGUAAGAGUAUAAGAUUGUAUAUCAUCCAACCAUCUAGGACCGUCUUUUAUUGAAAGAAUCUCCAAUUAUAUUAUAUUAUACUUUGACUUAACUAUUUUCUCGGUCAUUGAGUAAACUCUGAAGUUUCUUAGAAAAAUAUCAAACUGUUCACCAAAGUCACCGUUUUGUAUGUUUCGUCAUAUGUUUUAAUAAUUAUUUACUACAGGUCUCUACAAUAAUUUUAAAUGGAGCAAUAUUUCUGGUGGAAAACAUAGUUUGAAAAAAUUGAAAACAAUAAAAUCAGUAACGCCGCGACGCGCAGUCUAUAUUUGCCGUUUUACCUAUAAUUUCCUUUCUGGUUUGUUCCAAUUAUUUUGAAAACCUACUAACAACUUAGAAAAUUAAAAAAUCGUCAUCAAUGCAUCAACUAUACUCUAUUCACAAUAAAAAAUAAAGUCAGCGGCGACAAGUUUUUGUAUUUACAAGAAGGAUAUAGAUUCUCUUGACAUUUAUAUAAUGUAUGUAUAGCCAUAAGUCCAAUGCAAAUACUGAAAUGUUUCAGGAGAUAUGUCUCAACUCUAAAGAGAAUAAAGAACUAUAUUAGGAAUUGCAUGAAAGAAGUAUUUUUUCUUCUCGUUUUACUGAAACGAUAAUGAAUGAAUCAUUUCAUAAAUUUUUCUUUGGAGGGCUAUAUUUUGUUGGAAAAUAAUAACCAAAAUAUGUUUUUGGUGGAGACAUAACUUAUCGGAAAUGUAUUUUAUCGGAACUGUCUUUUGUCGGAAACGUCUUUUCAAAAAAUAAUAUUUUGAUAGUGAAGAAUGAUAAAAAUUAUAUUAUCAUUAAAUAUUAUUUUUUCGAUUCCGAACAAAUAAGUUUUCAAUAAAAUACGAUUCCAAUGAAUACAUUUCCAAUAAAUGAAUACGUUUCUUACAAAAUAUUUUUUUUACAAAAAUACGAUUUCGAGUAAAUAUUUUCCAAUAUUUGACGCGCCCCCUUUCCUUUAAAUUAUUUUUACUCAGUCGGAUUUAUACUCUCGAGAAAAUGGUUAAAAUAUGUGAUUGAUUAUUAGUUAGCUUAAUUCAAACAUAAUACGAUAACAUAUUAACCAACUAAAUUAAAUACAUAUUUCAUUAUAAAUAAUAUUCAACACUGCCGCCUAUGGCUAUGCCAUUAAAUACUUUUUUACUAUCUAUUUAAGUACUAAUAUUCAGUUUUGUCUAAAAAAUUAAUUAGUAUUUACUUUGAUAUAUUUAUGGACAUUAAAAUUAUUAUUUUCACUAUAUUCUUACUAAAUUUUCAUUUAGUAUGAAUAUAACUAAAUUAAUUAUUUUCUCCAACUAAAUAUAGGGGUCAUUUUCUUCCAUGUCACAGCUAUCAGCCUUAUUUUUAAGUGUUACUUUUCAUUUAUUCCAGUAGGAACGGUGUUUGCCACUCCUAGAUCCAUUUAAUUGCAUUUUACGAUCGGUUUGGAGUUUGGACUAUUGUGGAUAACUUCUAAUCCCCACUCACAGGGGUUUAGGAAUUACUCACAAAAAAAUUAAUUUACAAAUUCAAGAAAAUGCUAAAUACACCCGUGUUUUGCACAUAAAUAUUCCAACAUGUGUUAGUAUAGGCUUUCAAUUUGGAUAAAGUUAUUGUAUUAAAUUAAAAAACACUUAAGGUUUUACUUAGUAAACUAAACAAAUAAAGAAAAUUGCAAUGUUAAGAGUCUGAAAAGUAACCAAGGAAAGUAGAACGACUGCUAAAAUCCCAGUCUUUAUAUUAUUAUACAUUUAGGUGGCCUUUCGCGUUAACCAAGAAUACGCAGUACACGAACUCGAGAUCCAUAAUUAGGUAUGUAGGUGCUUCACGAAUGAAUAAAACCUGUAAAAUUUGUUCGUUUCACUUAGCAGACGCUCACGCAGUCGUUCCACAAUGAAUUUCGUGCAAAUGUCUCGACGCCUAGUAAUAGGUAGACAUACACGAUAACACGCGUCUAGAGUAUUUUGUGUUUUCGAAGUAUACUAAAUAUCUACACAUAUUUAUAACAUAAUAAUAAUAUAGGUACUUAUAAAAUCUUACACACGAAAUUCAGCAAUUUAUUCCGAGUAGAAAAUAAUUUACAAAAUUAUUAUCUCGUAUAGGAGAGGUACAAAUUAUAUGUUAAUGUUUUUAUAUGUGCACGACAUGUAAAUAGGUACCUAUAUUAUAUUAUAUUGAACGUAUUAUAUAGGUAUAUUUACAAGUGUAAGUAUCUACGGUACAUUUUAAUAUACUUAUAGGUAGAUAUUAAUUAAUAUCAUAGACACAACUAGAUCAUCAACUUGGAGGGCGGUAAAUAAUUAUGGACACAUCAAAGACCCAGGGGUCUAUGGCUAAGCCCCCACAAUCCCAUUUACAUGACUAUUACAAUAGUCAACUACACAUUUCAUUUACAAUUUUGGAUACACAAAUUUAUCAUAACUUUGUUAACAUUAUUUUUCAUACACAUAUGCAUUGUCUGUAGGAAACCUGUAUAUCUGUUGAUCUGCUCUAUUUAUAUUUUUUUUUUAUGCUAAUUUUAAACUUGGGGGUGCUAAAGACCACUAAUACCCUGCUAUUUGCGCCUGUAAUUAAUAUCUAGUUAUUAAUCCUAUUAUUAAAAUUGGUUUUAAAAUAUAAAGCAUGUAUUCAAGAUCAAUUUUCGGAGGGGUUUAAAAUAUUUAUAACACAUGAACUUGUAGUUAGCCUUUGUUGUAUUGUAAAUAUAUACCUACAUUAAAAAUUUAGAGAAGAGAGUGAACACCUAAAAUUCCCCUCAGUAUACGAGCUUGUAAAAUAUUAGUAAACGUAAUAAGAUUGUAUUAUUCGUAUCGUACUUUUCUUUCAGUAGAGCUUAUUUUGCACUCUUAUUAGUUUUAAUUUUAGUGUGAAUUUACUACCACAAUUAAAUGUAAUAACAUUGAUUGUGUUGGUAGGUACACUGGUUUUUCUUUUCGAUACUUUAAUUUUUAAGCGAGAUACGAGUAAAUAUGUGGAAAUAUUAAAAUUUUAAAAUCAUGUGUAUCGGUAUACAGGUUAAAAACCUUUAAAAUCAACCUGGGAGAAAUUUAACACUUCCGGCCCAAUAUCAUAGUCGUUAAGACAUCGCCACGUCCGUUUUUUCAAAAAAAGGAAGCCCAUGAGAAAAAUUCUAGUGCCCCGGUUGGCCUAGCCAUCCCAGGUACUAAAACAAUGUUCUUACUUUUAAGUUUGAUAUACGCCCAAUUCACUAUAAUAGGGAUAAUCGUAUGAAAAUGAUAAUACAAACAGCGAUAAGAAUAAAUGAUAACGAUCUGAAAGCGUAAAUUCUAAAUCUCUAUUUAAACACUAUAUUAUAAUACAAUAAGCAAGUGAAUGGAGAAAAUUAAUCGAAAAUAAACCCACGAUAUGUCAUCUAAAAUCAUGUCGGGUAGGAUUUUAUUUCAUGUGCAGUAUGUUAAUAUGCGUAUUCCACCCAAAAAGAAACAUUGAAGGAGAACAUGAAAUACAAAACGACAACAAUUUGGAAGAAAUAUAUAUCGAACCUAGUAUUGGAACCUUAAAAAGUACGCGAAUAAGUUGGAUUGGGCAUGUAUGAAGAUCAAAAAGACUAAUUUGACAAAUAACAGCGUGAAAACUAAACACAAAGUGAUCCAGAGGGUGAUACAAACAUGAGGAGAUACCCAAAAAUGAAUAGACAGAAUAAAGGUGGAUCUGAGGAUAUUGAGAGUAAGGAACUGUAAGAGACAGAGACAAAUGAAGGCAGUAUAUGUUGUUGCGGCAAUGGGCUUAAAAGGCCUAUAAAAAGCCGAAGAAAGAAAAUGUUAAUAUGCGAACCGUGUUACCAAAAUCAUAUCGAAUAUCGGAUUCUUAUCAUUCUCAGACAACUGUUUAUCACCUCACUAUAAUAUUAAAACUAACAAAACAAGAUCGGUCUGCUUAACGAAAAGUUGAUAUUAUCUAAUUUUCAACAUUAGUCAUAAUAUAUGCUUGAGGAAAUGUUAAUUACAUAAAAAAAAAAAGGUUUAAAUACUAUAUAAUAGGUAGAUAUACUUAUAGAUUACAAGAUUUCAUAUCCUAUAAUGUUAUGUUAUUUUGGGCUUAGUCAUAUUUUUUAAAUUUAACACUGUUACUUGGCGUAAUAAUGUAAUAAUAAAACUUGCAAUAAUAAUGUCUUAGGGGAAUAAUUUGCAAUUUCCGUUUUUCUUAUAAAACACCUUUCUGAAUGCAAUUAUCAUCAUUAUAAGAAUGAACUUUUAUUUCUUCUACAUAUACCAGGUGAUUCAUUUACGUGGGUUCACUCAUUAUCUCGGAAAGUAUUAAAUUUUUCCGGAAUUUGUUUUCUAGAACAUUUAAGAAAUAAGCUGUUCUACAAUUUUAUAUCUAUGUUAUUUCCCCCCCCCCACUUUAUUUUUUUGGAUAAAACCACUACCUACUUUUGAUUUUCAAAUAACAACCCAAAUUGAACAUUUCGUAAAUAGACGAAGUAUUAGUUAAAACAAAUUUGAGUGUUGACAUUUUUGAGUUGUGUCAAGCUGUUGACGAGAUAUUCAAUUUUUAAGUUUGGGUUAGUGGAAUGGUGGUGCAUUAUUAACACUCCUCUCACCUUAUCGCCACACAAAUGAUACUCCACUACUCUACUCCAACCCAAAUUUAAAAGUUGGAUAUCUCUUCAACAGAUCGACGGAAAUCAAAAAUUUCAACACUCAGAUUAAUUUUAACUAAUACUCUAUCUAUUUAUGGAAUUUUUAAUAUAGGUUUCCAUUUAAAAAUCAAAAGUAGGUAAGUAGUGGUUUUACACCCAAAAAUAAGGGUGAAAAAAAAUAACAGAUAUAAAGGUCUAGAGCUGUUUGUUUUUUAAAUGUUUUAGAAAACAAAUUCCGGAAAAAUUUAAUACUUUUCGAGAUAAUGAGCGUAACCACUUAAAUAGAUCACCCGUUAUUAUAUACAGUGCUCGAAUUGGAAAAAUAAUAGAAGAGGAACUAUAAUACUUAAAAAUAAUGCUCGUCCUUUGCAAUACAGUUAACUUAAUCUAAACUGUGAGGAUCUUUGCUUCCCCUACCUUAUAGAUAUAUGCACCCAUUUUCAAACAUUAUUGAAUUAUUAAUAAUUUACGAAAAACACUAUGGUAACACUAUAUUGUAAGCUAAGGUUUUGCUUACAUAUUUAUUUAUUUUAGAUUCUGAGGGUAAUGGGGAAUAUGUUGGUUUUACUAUAUGUGGUUGAUUUUAUUUUUUGUGCCGUGAACAAAUUUUCUACCAGAAAUCUUGCUCCGAUAACCACUUUAAGGGUAGUUCUGCCGUUUUUGGUAGACAAUUUUGUCUAGAUUGUGCAACAAGGUUAUUUUUGAUUUUCCUCGUAAUUUUCUUAAUAUCAGUGAAAAAUUGAGAAAACUAGAAUAUUUACACUGCAAUGUUUUCUACUAGUAUUAUUUAUAUUUUUAUUUAAUUUUUUUUUUCAAUUCAAUGAAAAAUAAUCGUAGAGACCUGAAAUUUCACUUGAGACACUUCGUUUCUUCCUUAAGUCAAGUAUUGUAUAUAAUAUAUUGAUUUUCAGUGAUACCUACUUAUACCUAUGCACAUCAUGAGGUUUACUAUAAUAAUGAUAUUAUUUAUAGGUACCUACAUUUAUUUUAUAACAGACCAUAAAAUAUCAUCAGUAAUUUAUUAUCAUUAAAGUCAUUUUUAUCUUUCGAUUUCAAGUACCUAUAACUAGGAGAUAGGUAUUUAAAAAAAUCAUCGUGUUAAGGAGUAAUUAAUUAAACACAGUUAUUUCUGUAAGGGGAAGAUUAAGAAGGGGUCAGUCGUAUUUGAAUGGAUAAAAUAAUUAUGUUUUGAUUUUUUAUUACAGUGAUCGAACUGAUGAAAAUGGAUCCAGACAUAAUGGUCUACAGCUUGUGGAUAUUGACUGUUAUCGGAGUGUUAGCAGGUCUUGUGAUGGCUGUGGCCGCAGCCGUGUUCGCCGUAAUCAAUUCUGCUAUCACUCCCAUAUCUGCAUUGGCUGGUAUACCAGGUCUUUACUUUUGGAACAUUAGUGCAAGUAAAUAACCAUAAUAAUAUAUGAAUUAAUAUAAUUAAUAUAACGUGUCUAUUCAAUAUCAUUUUCUAAUAAUAUAUGUAUAAUUACUUUAAUCAGUGUUUUUUCAACUGUUGGCUGGCGGCUUAUGGGUGGGCCAGUAUUUUCAAAGACUGCAAUACAAUGUAAUGAGUAAAGACGACCGACGAAACAAAUGGACAUCCGAUGGAAACGCUUCACUAGGGUUCUCUUUCUGGUUAGUUUUAGUUUAUUGUAUAUACAGAUUUAAAUAAUAUAGGUACCGCAUAAAGUAUAUCAAACAAAUUACUAGAAUUGAACAUCUUUGUUACCUACUGCAAAAAUGCAAAAGUGCAAAAUCGGUUUUUUUUAUUUUUAUUUAAUUGUUUAGGUUCAUUAUUCUUGCGUCAAUUUUACACAUGCUGAAUAUUUUCAUCGUGUUCUGGGCAACAAAUAAUCGCUCGAGAAAGUCGCCAUCGCCAAUUAUUGAAGAAAAAACUAACGGUGCAAUCAUGCUGUAUUAACGACAUUUAACAUUGUAUAAUUGCCAUUAAUAUUAAUAUUAAUUUAUAAGUGUAUAAAAGUGUAAAUAAAUUGUCUUUUUUAUACUAUGACAUAUAUAA